AUGCCAGCAUCAAAUGGUGCAGAUACCCGAACGUUUAAACAACGAAAAAAUUUCGCUACAAGAAAAGAAGAAGUAGCUGGCAUACGCUCUAAAUUUCCAAAUAAAAUUCCAGUUAUUGUUGAACGUUAUCACAAAGAAAAAGAUCUUCCAGUAUUAGAUAAGACAAAAUUUCUUGUUCCACAGGAACUUACAAUGUCUCAAUUUGUAACAAUUAUUCGAAAUCGUAUGCAAUUGAAUGCAAAUCAAGCAUUUUAUCUUCUUGUUAAUAAUAAAAGUAUUGCAUCUAUGUCAACAACAAUGGCAGAAAUUUAUAGAGAUGAAAAAGAUGAAGAUGGAUUUUUAUAUAUGACAUAUGCAUCACAAGAAAUGUUUGGAUAA